GGGGAGAGAGAAAGUCAUACUACAACACGAGAGAGGAUGAAGGACCGCAACACGUCGAGGGGCGCUCGGUCGGUGAGGCGGAGUCGCCACCGCCAAAGGGAGAGGUCAUCGCACACCCUCCUCAGCGUCGAACUCGUGGAGUGGGUCUCGCCGUUGAAGACGAGGUCAUUGCGGGACUUCCAGGUGGACCAGAGAAUCGCCACAAUCCCAACACGCCAAGUGCUGGCAGGGACAAGGGGGCGCCUAAAUAUCCCAUAUGGAGAAGCUUCCCGCUAGGAUUGGGACGUCCAGACGGGAGCAAGUCGUCGCAGAGAGGUGGCAGUCGAAAGAUAAGUGCAUGCAUGUCCACAUGCAACACAUGUCGGAGGGGGAGCAGCUCUUGUGGAAGAGGUUUGCGCACGUGCUCAAGUGGCCGAUGGUAGCCAAGUACACAAAGAUCUUGAUCUUCGUAGGGAUCCUGAGGGGCCAGGACACACAAGCAGAAACAUCGGGCGGGCACGCCGACGUGAGGGAGCGGCAGGCCUCACGUGAGCAGAAGUGGGGCGCCGAAGGAGAGUCGAUGGAACGUCGAUCAGGGCCACCCUGGAGCGAGGUGCAGUCGAUGAGGCGGCGGACCAUGUGGAGCUCCGUCUCCGCAACAGCAGUGUGGCAAACAUGUAGGUCCAGGCCCAGGGUGACCACAGAGGCCACGGUGGUGUGCCGGCGGGUGCUGUGGGAGAAAAGGGCGGGGAAGCGCGUCGCAAGCGGCUCGCAGAGCAUCCACUUGUCGAGCCAGAAGGACGUGGAGCGGCCGUCCACCACCGCCACCCUGGUGAUGGCGUGGUAGUGGGGAAGGCACUCAUCGACGAUCUUCUCGAGGAACGAGAGGGAAGCGGAGAAUUCCCCCAAAUCACGACUGUGUGAGAGUAGAACAAAUUCUUCCAAGGCAGUGGGACAAUUUUGGUGACACAAAAGGAGUACUUUGAGAGAAACUAUUCAUUUAUAGAAAAGAAAUCAACAGGGCCAAAGCUUGUUGGACCAUGCAUCUUUUUAGUGCGGAUGCUGGAGGUCUUAAUCUUUUUUUGAAAAAAAAAAUCAGUCCGGAAACGACUCAAUACUCUUUUGAAUCUUAGCAAGUCAUUCACAAAGCCAUGCUAAAUAAGAAGAAAUUAAUAGUAUUCUAUAUUGGAUAGUAGAGGAUUCAAGAUUAUCUUUUUUUAUUUCACUCAAUUCUAUAUUGGAUAGUAGAGG